AAGACCUUGAACCAGGGAACAAGUUUGCGUAAAUCAUCAAAGGCCACUGUGCCUUUUAUACCGUAUUGUGUAAAUACACAUCGAUAUUCACAUGAGUGUUGUCUUUGUGUGGCUGUUGUAGAUGUCCCGUUGUUGUCACAGCCGUGUUUACAUUACCUACGAGUGGCUGAAGAUAAGUGCGCUGUGAGACACAAUAAUUGCUGUGUCGUUACGUCCUCGUUGGGUUUUAUGCAACCAUACGAACCAUGUGCCGAUGGACUGCGAUAUCAUGCUGGUGGACUAUUAUUUUGGUUCUCGUGGCGCCGAGUCAACACUGGUCCGUGUUCAAUAUGUGGCCUGGCUUUGGGCAAUCGCCAGUCAAGGGGAAUAAACAACAACUUUUUCGGAAUCGAGAGAUAGAACCCAGAGUUCUAAAUUUUUUUCCCGUACCCGUCGAGGAAGAGUGUAUGUCUGAAGAUCAACGUAGACGUGGAAUAUGCAUGAAUACAUACGAGUGUCGAAUUCAACAAGGAAAAUCACAUGGACCAUGUGCUCUAGGUUUUGGUGUUUGCUGUAUCUUCACGACGAGUUGCGGCGGUGAGGUGAUCAACAAUUUGACCUACGUGAUCAGUCCUGGUUUUCCAAACCUUAUCGAUCAGCCUAUGAAUUGUUCAGUGGUUAUAAAAAAAAUUGAGUCGCAAGUCAGCCAGUUGAGAAUCGACUUCAUACACUUUAAUAUUGGUCAACCGAAUUUACGGACUGGAGUCUGCGACGAGGACGUUAUGGAGAUCAGCAGCGAUGUGCGGACAUUCCAGCUGUGCGGUUGGAAUAGCGGUCAGCAUAUGUACGUCGACGUAACCGAUGGUCCGGUGACCCUAAAUCUCCGAUUGCCCCGCAAUAUUCAAUCACGCAUGUGGGAAAUGUCCAUAACCCAGUUGCCAUUUGAGCAACGGGCGCCAGCUGGUUGCCUUCAGUACUUCGACGGGGCCAAAGGGACCCUGAGAACCCUCAACUAUCUGCCGAACGGACGAUACCUGGCCAACCAGGACUACCUAAUUUGCAUCCGUCAGGAAAAAGGAUCCUGCAGCAUCGCGUACUCCCCCUGUACCAACGACUCAUUUCGCAUCGGUCCGUCUCGGUUUCGUCGGCAAACUAACGGCAGUUCCACCAAUCAGCCCUCGCUGGAUGACGAAGGAUCUGGAACGGGACCCGUUGAUGACCCUAUUGUUGACGGACUUCCAUUACGUCGCUGCGUCGAUCGGAUUCUCAUUCCUUGUGAUUUCGAGGAAUUCAUAACGCCCGGAAACGACGGAACGGGUAUCUGCGAUAUGGAGCACUGCGGAACGUCGCUAUGUAUGAUGAGUGAAUUUGAUGCUGAUGGUAAUUGCCGAGUUGAAACAUCAGCCACUCCAUUUAACAUCAGGGUGGCGUUUGGUAUGGGUGAUCAAAACAACACGUAUCCUGUUGAUAUGACGGGCAUGUGUCUCAACUAUGAACAACUUGAAUGUGCUGCCUAAAAUCCUAGUCUUUAUUUUUUAUAUAUUUUUUCUUUUUUCAUUAUACAACAUAUAUAUAUAUUUCUACCCUCGUAUUUCAUCCCUUAUAUAUUUACACUACGACAUUGAUAAAGUGUGAAUUGACAUUAAGUGCUCAAUACUCCAGUUAUAUUUGUAU